ACGCCAAAGCCCUUAAAAGAAUAAACCGGCUGACCCGGUCAUUUCUAUCAAAUUUUUUCACCGCUCUCUGCCCCCCUGUUUUCCUUUCUCUUUCACCGCCCUUUGAUAUUCUCUAAAAACUCUUCGAUCCUUAUUUUUGUUUGCUCUCAAAAGCAUCUGUUAUUAAUUUCCUGUGAGAAUGACAGGAGCUAGAGGUAAGGGUGCUGUGAAGCCUGCUGAGGAUAGAAAGGUUGGGAAGCGGAAGGCUCCUGUUGAUAGAAGCAGCAUUCGGAAAGCUAAGAGGGAGAAAAAGGCUAAGAAAGACCCCAACAAACCAAAGAGGCCUCCUAGUGCUUUCUUCGUUUUCCUCGAGGAGUUUAGAACUACAUUCAAGAAGGAAAAUCCUAAUGUGAAGGCUGUAUCAGCUGUUGGAAAAGCUGCGGGAGAGAUGUGGAAAUCCAUGUCCGAGGAAGAAAAAGGCCCUUAUGAGGUCAAAGCACAAAAAAGGAAGGUUGAAUAUGAAAAUCAAAUGAAGGACUACAACAAGAAACAGGAAAUUUCUGCUAAUGGUCGGGAUGCUGAAGAGGUGAAUGAUGAAGAGAAUGAGGGUAGUGGAGAGGUAAUCUAGUUUUAAGUUCUGCAAUACUGGUUUGUAUUUCCCUUGUAUAGUAUUGACGCUGUGCACCUUUUGGAAGGAGGAGGAGGAUGAAGACGAAGAUUGAAGGGCAGUGGUUGAUUUGGACAUAAAAUAUAAUUGUAGGUCUCUUUGUACCGUAGCAUAAUGAUGUUUUUGUAUUUCUCGCUUUUAGCCAGUAUAUAGUUGCUGACAAGAUGAAACACAUUCUAGUUUAUCAUGCUUUCCUCUGUUGGACAAUUAUGCGCUAGAAAACAGCCCAAUUGUUGA